AUCCACAUCACAUUCUAAUGGCCAACCAUGUUAAGUAGUCGCAAUUUCGUACUUUCACCGCGUUACUAUUUACUAUUUACUACUUAGUACAUCGGUCGUCGUUGGACAUAGGUGUUUCGUGAUUAUUAGAAAUUUCGAAAUUGUGUUUAAAACAUUCAGCGACUAGACAAGCAUUUUGAUUGCUUAUGUUGGGUUUUAGUGGCUGUAUGUUUUAAUCGCGUUUAAAAAACUGUGGUGAUACAAUUGUUUCGUUGGCGGGUUAUUGAUAAAAGUUCUGCUGUCAGCACGAUAAACUCGAGUAGGUAUGCAAAGUAAUAAUACAUGGAUCUUCGAGACAUUAUAAACACCUCGUAAUUGUAAAAUAAUUAAACAGUAUUACAAAAUCAUUUGAAACAUGGCAGAAUUGGAUUCGGUAAUAAGUGAAAUCAGAGCUUGUGUUAUUUCUAAUGCAGGGAAAAGUCAAAGUGGUAUACCAUUACAACAAAUAGAUAAGGAUUAUUUUGGUCUUGUUGGCCAGCGAAUACCAUAUAGAAAACUUGGAUUUUCAUCAUUGGAAGCAUUAUUUCAAUCAUCAAAUCAGUUUCAUCUAGAACAUCGUGGAGGAACACUUUGGGUUAAUAUGGUUAAUAAUGAUAAAACGCAACAUUUAACAGAUCUUAUCAAGAAACAAAAGUCAAAACCACCUAAAAAGAAGAAAAUGGUUACCCAACCAUUCAAUCAUUUUUCGCCACAGAAUAAACCCAACUAUCAAAAUAGAAACUAUCAAUAUCCUAAAAAUGGGCACAACACAAAUUAUAAGCCGUUGUCUGGAUUUAAUGCCAAAUAUAAUAACACUUAUAAAACUUCACAAUCUUCUUUCAAUAAUAACAAAGUUGGAUAUCAUAAUACCUAUCAACCACGACCACAGGAUGGAGCCAAUUUUAAAAAGAUGCAUCAAAAUUACAAUGGUACAAAAAAUAUUAAUGUAAAUACUAAGCCAGCCAUUCCAUUUUCCAACAAUCGACUUCCUGUAAAUGCCAAUAGCAAUGGACAACUUAAUAAUAAAACAGAUCAAGUACCAUUACCACCACUGACGAGCAGUUGUAGCAGUUUAGAGUCAACAUACAGUACUCAUUCAGUUGGUCAUACAGUUGCAUCUACUGUUCCAAAAUCUCAAGCAAAUACAUUUAGUAGACAACCAAUUGUCGAUAAACCAGAAAAUACGUAUAACCCCAAUCUGCAGAAAAAACCACCGCCAACAUCUGCAACGUUAAUUACUUCAUUAUUGGCAAAACAGAAUUUGGUUGUUAAACCAUCAACUGCUCAAAGUCGACUUCAAAAGUAUCCAAAGAAAUGCGAGGAAACAGCAAACAAAGAUGAUACUAAAGAAAUACCUCAAACAAUUCAAUCAAAUGGUGUUCAGCUUGACAAUUUUACUUCUCAAGCAGUAGGAAACGACAUCAAGGUAAAUAAUACUUUCCAAGCUAAGAGGAUCCAGGCUGCAGAACAAGUUAUUUCAGCAGCCGUGUUGGAUAACAAUGCAGAUUACCCUGUUACUGAUGAUAUCAAUGUGAUGGCAUCACGUGUAAAAGAUUUGUUGAAAUCGGAUAACCAGAAAUCUGGUGUCCCGAGUGAUGACUUAGAACAAAAAUAUCGAGAAAAUUAUAAAGAAAAUUUGUUAGAAAACUGGGUUGAGUAUUUGGCUGUAUUUAAAUAUUUUACAUGUGAAAAUGUAGUUCCCAACAAAAUGGUCAUUUAUUUGGUAAAUGAACAACCUGCGACCAACUUAAGCAAUGGCCAUAAUGGAGAAAUAAACGGAACUCAUCAAAUUUCCAACGAACCAUCAGCAGAUGAGGAUACUACUGAUGUUCCUGGCACGGCCUUAUUCUUAAAUGACUACGAAGAGAAAUCUGUACUUGUCACAGCGAUUUAUAGCUCGUUAUGUGUUUAUGUCCGUUAUGUUGAUGAAGACAUAGAUGAAAGUUUUAUUGAAAUGGAUGCCAAAUUUAAUACUCAAAUGAACUCUAAUUACUGCCUUGUUGAAGAUAUUAUCGAAGGGGAGUUCUACGCUGUACUUUAUGAAUCGUCAUGGCACAGGGUUCAAGCUGCAAGCAUAUCUGAAGUAGAUGUUGAUUGUUAUAUGAUAGAUACUGGAGAAACAUUGACAGUUUCUAAAGAUCAGAUUUGCUUCAUAGAUCCAAUUUUUCUGAAAACUAAAGCACAGGGCAUUCAAUGUGGAUUAACUCAACUAGAGAAUUUCAGUGCAUUUUUUGGCUUAAAAGAUAUAUUGGAUGAGGUGCUAUUAAAUAAAAAGUUUGUCUUAGUACCUGACAACUUGGAAGAUCCAACAUUACCUACAGUAACAUUAUAUGAAACAACUGAUGAUAUGACAAAUGUUAACGAUUUGAUUGUGCAAAAAUUCAUAGAAAAAUCCAUCACCAAACUUCCUUUAUUUGAGGAUAAUGAAGUCGUGAAUGGUACAGUAUCAUCGGUUGUCGCUUCUGGUCAUUUGUAUUUACAAUUGAAUUCAGACGUUGUUGCUUCACUCGAAGAAAUAUUGCCUACAGAUUGUGAUGGAUAUUAUCCUGAAUAUUUUGUAAAAUCUAAAGCUGAAAUUGAUUUGAAAAAAAUUUACUUGGCGAAAUAUGAGUUAGAUAAUAUUUGGAGUCGUGUUCAAGUUACUGAGUUUAUUGAUGAAAAUGAGGUUAACAUCAUAUACAUUGACUAUGGUAAUAAUGGAAAAAGUGAAAUCGCAAAACUACUGGAUUUGGAAAAAUACGAUCCACUUAUGACAAAGAUUCCACCUCAGGCAAUAAAAGUGACAAUGAACUUGUUGCCACCUAGUAUCAUGACCUCAGAAAUAGCGAAUGAAAUUUAUAAAAUGGUAGGUAGUGAAAAAGUGUUGGUGAAUCUAGUUAAUGCACCGGCAAACGAAGUUCCAUGCAUACAACUUUACAAAACACAACCUGAAGAUGAUACCCCUAUUUGCUUGAACAUUAAAUUAGCCAAGAGCAUUAAGAAACAAUAAGACUACUUACCAUGUCAAUGACUACGAGAAUUUAAAAAGAGAAAAAAAAGAUCUAUUUAAUUGUUAGUUUGUUUUGUCGUUUUUGUUGUUAUAUUCCCAAUAUUUAUCUAUGUUAAUAAUAAUUUGGUUUUCUACAAGAUUUGUUUAUUUACCAUAAUUUGGAUUGUUUAAAUGUAAGACUGUCAAACAUUUAUUAGUUAUUUAAUUAUUUUGUACUAUAUUUGGCACUAGUGAAUGCAUGUUGAUCCUAAAAAUCGAUACAUCAUUAACAUUUUCUAUUUAACCUCUCCAAAAAAAAGAGGAAUCAACAAUUUUUUUGAAAGUGAAUGUUGAUUUUGGUAAUAUCCAAUAAAAAUUGUUUUUUCUUAAUUCUUUUGUAAUUAGAAUGUAAUUACUAGUUUUAAUAUUUUGUAAAUAAAAUAAAAUGAAGCCUUUUUGAACUUA